UAUGCAAGUGAGGGAACGUGGGGGCACUCUGCCAGAGAGUGAUAACCCCAGCUUAACUCUCAGCCUACAUUACCUGCACUUCUACACACUUAUUAGUACACACGCAUGCGCACCCACUCAGCAAUGAUGGUCUGUAGUCUGAGCAGAGCAAAGUGACUUCCCUCCAGUUUGUGCUCACCAAAGAUCUCACAGCAGCCACAAACUAUUGCUCUCUGUUUUAGAGGCAGUAUGGAGGAGGCUGACCUAUUGCGGGAGAGACUACAGGCCAUCACAGAGAAAAGAAGAAUACAAGAAGAUAUUGCAAAAAAAAGGAGAGAGAUUGAGGAAGAGAAAUUAAAGCUUCAGUAUCUAAAGAAAAAAGCCUUGCGGGAGCAGUGGCUCAUGGAUGGCCUGAGUAGUCAGAAUGAGCAGGAAGAAGAGGCCAUGAAAGCACAGGCUCAAGAGGUGCAGCGGCAAUCCAUGUUCUUGCAACAACAAAUCAACAGAAUAGAGAGGGAGAUUGAGGAUCUUGAAACAGAAGAGAUGAAUAUCUCAACAAAUGAAGAACUCAUUUUAAAGCGACUGAAAGAGGUGGAGAAGAAGGCUGAGGAUAUUAUAAAGGGAGCUGUAAUUAAAAAUCCAGAAUCAGUUGGGACAGAAGUGAAUGACGGUUUAUCUCCCAUUGAGAAUCAGAAACAGACAGAACUUAAGACCCUCUCCAACACAGUCACCAUGGAGACAAGUGAGCAAUCCAACACAGGAAAUAUACCAGACUAUGAGAUGGAAGUCCAGGAGACCGAAUUAAUUGAAAACAAGCUCACAAGUGCUGAAGAUGAACAGGUUUGCAAUGAUGAUGUUCUAUUCGAAUCCUUGAAUGCCAAUGUAGCUGAUGCCAUUUUAGCAGACUUGCCACCCACAGUGACAAAUGGUGAUGAAAUUGAAGAUAUGCUCCCCCCUAAAGAAGCUUUAGUAUUAGAUGACACAAAUGGUGAGCUUAACCGCAACGAAUCUAUUACCUCGUCUGUGUCUGACACCCCAUCUAGUGCUGAGAGUAUGUAUGAGAAUGAGGCGAUGCAAAAAAGACAGGAUUCAGUUAAAGAGGAACUGUUAAAAAACAUUGUGCCAGUAAUAGAGGAUGCUGAAGAUGUAGAUAUAGUGGAUCCACUUAAAGCAGAAUUUCAUUCAGAUAUCUUAGAUGGCUUAGCCUGUGAAGUAGAUGAAUCUUUGUUGGAAUCAUUUAUCCGGGAAGAAGUUAUGUCAGACAUUUCAAAUGAAUCUGGUCAAAAUCCAGAAGACUUGGAUGAGUGUCUAUUGGUGGAAAUCGCUGCAGCAUCAUCUGACAGUGAGACUGAUGAAAAAUGGAGAACAAUAUUUUCUUCCUCCAUUAAUAGGGAGGAUGAUGACUCCUAUCUUGACAGCCUUCAAUUAAGUGCACAAGAGCUUUUCAUUCAAAAGCCUGCAGUGGAAACUGUGGAGAACCAAUUAGAUUCACAGGAAGAUCCUGAGCAGGAAGUGCCUGUAGAAGAUGCUGUGUUGGAGCAACCUGAAAGUUCUCCAACUUACGUGCAGCCUACACAAGAGAUCUCUUAUAAUCCCUCCACACUAUUCCAUGGCUUGUCCAAAAUAUCUGAGGAUGAAGAGGAGCUUGGGAAGGCUUCUGUAAACAAUAAAGACUUUUCAUCUACUUGUGUCAAGGCAGACUCAAACAAGAAAAUGCCAAAAGAUUACUGUGUGAUUCAAGAGAUGAAGAGUGAAAACGUCAGUACAGAGCAUGUGGAUUUCAGAGUUGCGCGCAAUCAGUGGCUGCAGAUGGAGGAGCAAACAAAGACCUUCACAAACCAGUCAGUCAUCAGGCCUGCGACCUGCCAAGGCAACCACAGCUAUAUGUACACACCAGUGCGCAACAUUGACAGGCAGAAGAGGGAAGCUGAAUUAGAAAAUUUGUCACUUGCCAGAGACUACCUUCAGAACCAUUUUAGCCCAUGCUCAGAAGAUUCAGGUGUCGAUGACUCUAGUUUCAGGUCAGCUAAUGAUGACCCAGAGACCCCAGUCGAAAAAGAGAUUCGCUCUCCCGUUGAAAACCAAAGACGUGAAAGGGGAAUGUCCAAAUCGUUCUCAAGUGACUGUGUGCCAGGAAAGGGAAAACCAGUCAUCUUGAACCCUGGGAAAUUAUGUCAAGAGGUUGAUGUGAAGAGAAAAAUGCUUGAACAUCAGGAAGAUGAUUGUAAAUUAUCCCCCAGCACCCAGAUGCCGUCAUUCAUCAUUACAUCCUCCCCAACAAGAACAAAUAAGCACGAAAUGGAAGCCAAUAACGUCAUUAUCCUCGAACCUGAAUCCAACCAUCAAAGCCCACGUCAUGCUGGAAAGCUGGUGACAUCAAAAUCUGCUGACUGGAGAUCAGAGGAAACCCCCAGUGUAAUAAUACUGGAAACAUCGAACCUCAUUAUUCGAAGUGCAUCUGAGCUAAACCUUAACUCUGCCUCUGCAGUACCUGAAGAGAAAGCUUUUCUCAACAACCCGUUUUUCAAGCUGCGGUCCCGGAGCACCCUCUCUUUGGUCGAUGAAGAGAUUAAGAUGGUAAAACAGCGAGAGGAAGAGCUAAAAAUACAACGAGAAAGUAUUUACUCGAAAGAGAAUUUCCUGGCUUCUCCCAGUCUGCUGGACAGCACAUAUGACAAGCAAGAUGAUAUUCCAUACAAAUGUAAAUCAUCUCCCUCAUCCCCUAUGAAGACUUACAAGAUGGAUCGGUCAACCCUGUCCUGUGAUCACAGAUUUCCUGAGGCCUAUUCUGGUGGUCGUCGUAAAAGUGCCAUGGCUCUGCGGUGGGAAGCAGGAGAGUUUGCAAAUAACUAGAGAAAAACAGACUAGAUAUCAAUCAGUAAUUAUUCUUGUUCUUCGUAAGAAACGUAAAGCACUGCUACAGACUGAUACCGAGUUCAUCAUAAGCACAUGCUGUUGCUUGUGUGAUAUUUGCAGCUUUCAUUUAUGUUCUCUCAGAGUCUAGAGAUCUGAGCGCUUGGCAAGAUGCCUAAAUGUUGCUGAAUCUUAGUAGUUCAGUCUAUGCUUGUUCUUGUCACAAAUGUCCGAAAAGAUUUUAAGCAUAUUUUAUUGUAAUGUCUUAGUACAGAGUUCAGGAAAAUGUGUCCUGUAUUUUCAUACUGUAUUUUCUUGUAAGGCAGGUAAGUAGAUUUAUCUGGGCUAUACCUAAAUAUGUAAAACUACAAAGAUUACUUGGGUUAUUUCUACCUUUAUUCUGCACUACAAUGAAGCCAACCUAAGAUUUAGGCCAUUAGGCAAUGUCUUCUGCUACCUUUUUAAACUGGAAGUCAGUAUUUGGACAAAUACAGGUAGUCUACAUGGACACUGUUGUUUUAUGACAAGAUCUUCACCUUUUAAUACUGUAUACGUAUUACAUAGAUUCAAAAGGGAGAGUAAUAUUAAACACUGAGAUUUAACUGUUUUUUCUGUGCAAAUGUAGAAUCAUAAUGUAAUGCAUUCCUAUUUGUCUAAAACAUAUUUGUAUGCUCAUGUGACUCUGUUUAGGGCAAUUAGAUCUAAGUCUAAGUAUUAUGGCUAUACAUGUUACUAUUGCUAGUUUUUAUUCAUAUAUGCCAUCAGCAAGUACACAUACGCAUCGCUUUAUAUCUGAGAAAAGAAUGGAAAAAAACAACACUUAAGUUGUAAUUUAAAUGAGCAUUGAAACAAUACAUUCAAAUGAGCAUUGAAACAAUAAAAUUUAACAAUAAAAAAAACAUGACUUCUUUCUUACAUAGCUAGAAUUCUUUAAAAAGUAAAAAGUAAAAAAGGUCUG